CUUUAGUCACCUAGGGUGGGACAGCGGAAGCAGUGAAGGAGCAUCACCCCAUUCCGUAGAAAUAGUCGCUGUUUGCCCGCCUCCGGUUCGUUAUCAUGCCGGCCUACCAUUCCACCCUAAUGGAACCUGACACCAAACUAAUUGGUAACAUGGCAAUGCUGCCAAUAAGAACCCAGUUUAAAGGACCAGCCCCAAGAGAAACCAAAGAUACAGAUAUUAUCGAUGAAGCCAUUUAUUACUUCAAGGCUAACGUCUUUUUUAAAAAUUAUGAAAUCAAGAAUGAAGCUGACCGUACAUUAAUAUACAUCACUCUCUAUAUUUCUGAGUGUCUAAAAAAGUUGCAGAAGUGUAACUCCAAAGGACAGGGGGAAAAGGAAAUGUACACAUUGGGAAUUACAAAUUUCCCCAUCCCGGGAGAACCCGGAUUCCCUCUCAAUGCCAUGUAUGUGAAACCUUCCAACAAACAGGAAGACGAGGUGAUGAGAGCCUAUUUACAACAGCUGAGGCAAGAAACUGGAUUGAGACUUUGUGAAAAAGUGUUUGACCCUCAGACAGACAAACCAAGCAAGUGGUGGACAUGCUUUGUGAAGAAGCAGUUUAUGAACAAGUCCCUCUCCGGCCCAGGACAAUAAAUGAAGCAAGGAACAUUUAGGACAAUGUGGGCGUGAUAUCAAGUUGUUGGUUUUUCAAAUAUUUUUUACUGUGUUGUAAUAUUGAUGGUCAUUUCCAUACAGAGAGAGAAAUCCGGUUGAAUGGUGCUUAAUAAAAGCAAUUGUAAAUCCUUAA